AUGGUGAAUGAACUCGGUUAUAGAGUUGAGCCGCAAUGGCAUUCGAAACCGAAUUACAUGCGGGUUAUUUGCGUUGGCGCCGGUGCUGCGGGCUUGUUGGUGGCGUACAAGAUGAAGAAGGAUAUCAAGAAUUACGAACUCGUCUGUUACGAGAAGAACUCCGGAAUUGGUGGAACGUGGUUUGAGAAUCGUUAUCCAGGUUGUGCUUGUGAUGUUCCCGCACACGCGUAUACCUUUUCAUUUGAGCCGAAUCCAGAGUGGUCCAGUUUCUAUGCAUAUGCGCCAGAGAUUAAGCAGUAUUUCGAGAAGUUUGCCGAUAAAUACGAUCUCCACCCCUUCAUAAAACUCAAUUCCAGGGUCCUAUCUGCAACUUGGGUGGAGGAGAAAGGCAUAUACGAGGUUGAGGUUGACAUGGAGGGUCGCAGGAUCAAUGAUUGGUGUCAUGUCUUCAUAAACGGCACUGGUUUCCUCAACGACUGGAAGUGGCCGAAGAUCGAAGGACUGCAUGAUUUCGAGGGAAAACUUCUUCAUAGCGCAAAUUGGGACACAUCGGUUGAUUAUACCAACAAGAAAGUCGCGGUAAUUGGAACGGGGUCGUCUGCCAUUCAAAUCGUGCCACAGGUCCAGAAGAAAGCGAAACACCUGAUUACAUUCAUGAGAUCUGUAACAUGGAUUUCUCCACCCGUUGGAGGCCAGGUUCUUGAAGAGGACAAAAGUCAUUCUUCAGACGCCAAUCAAAAACAGGCACCUCAGGCACAAUAUUGGUACACCGAAGAGGACAAGAAGAAGUUCCGUGAAGAUCCUCAAGCCUUGCUCCAAUACCGAAAGAAACUCGAAUCGAGUGUCAACAAUUUGUUCGACAUGUUCAUCGCCGGAUCAGAGACAUCCAAAUGGGCCGAGAAGCUGAUGCGAGAGGAAAUGCAUCGGCGCAUUGGACCAGGACACGAAGAACUGAAACAGAAGUUGAUUCCAUCAUGGGCACCAGGCUGUCGAAGAAUAACUCCUGGCGAUGGCUAUCUCGAGGCUUUGGUUAAAGAAAACGUGACACCAAUUCAUAACGAGAUUGUCAAGGUCGUGCCCGAAGGACUGAUCGAUGAUGCUGGUCGCCUGCAUAAGGUCGACAUCCUUGUUUGCGCCACGGGGUUCAACCUCGCAUUCGCGCCGCCAUUUAAAGUCUUCGGAGUGGAUGGUGUCAGCAUGGCAGAUGAGUUCAACCCAGAACCACACGUUUAUCUUGCCCUCACAGUGCCCAAAUUUCCCAACUACUUCGUUGUCAAUGGCGUCCGAGGCAAUUGGGCCUCUGGGACAGCUCUUCCAUCGCAUGAAGUCCAAGUCGAAUACAUCUUGCAAUGCAUGAAGAGGAUCCAGGAGGAAAAUAUUCGAGCGCUAGAAGUUAAAAUGGAGCCGGUGAAACAAUUGUAUGAGCAUAUUGACGAAUGGCACAAAGGCUCUGUCUGGAACACAGAGUGCAAGAGUUGGUAUAAAAACAACAUCAUUGGUGGUAAGCUGUGGAUUUGGGGUGGUUCGGCGCUUCAUUAUAUGAAAACCAUUAAAUUCGUCCGGUGGGAGCAUUAUGAUUUUCGAUAUAACAACAGGAAUAUGUGGUCGUUCCUCGGAAACGGUCGCGUGGAGGCUGAAGUGAUGAAAGAUACUUCGAGAUUAGCACCAUACAUGAGGAACGAGGACGUACCUUGGAUGAUAGACUGA